CCUCACGGUCGAGUCACGCCGCUGAAGGGGACUAAGGCGGAGCGGCAGGCGCGCGGAGCUGUCUCGCCGUGCGUCUCCGGCGGUUUUUCGCGUCGGUUUGUAGAGCGUUUGUGAUGGCGGCAGCGGCGGCGGCUGAGGAAAGCAUGAGUGUGGCCGCGCUAGCAAUGUCAGUCCCCGACAGCACUGGCGGGUCUCCCGGGGCCGAAGGAGAAGGACUUGGAGUAGCGGGCGAAGAGAAGGACGCAGCCGCUAAAGGAGCUGAGGCCGUUGGGGAUAGCGAGGAGGAUGGGGACGACGUGUUCGAGGUGGAGAAGAUCCUGGACAUGAAGUGCGAGGGAGGUAGGAACCUUUAUAAAGUCCGAUGGAAAGGAUACACGUCUGAUGAUGACACCUGGGAGCCUGAGGUUCACCUGGAGGACUGUAAAGAAGUUCUUCUUGAAUUUAGGAAGAAAGUUGCCGAGAACAAAGCUAAAGCAAUCAAGAAAGAUAUCCAGAGACUAUCUUUAAGCAAUGACGUAUUUGAAGCAGACUUUGAUAGUGACCAGCAAAGUGACACAAAAGAAGAUACUUCACCAAGGAAGAAAAAGAAAAAAAUAAAGUGCAAAGAAGAGAAAAGUCCAGAUGAUCUGAAAAAAAAAAAAGCAAAACUGGGAAAACUAAAAGAUAAGUUCAAGUCAGAGCUGGAAAACACCUCUGAAAAUUUAAGUUUUGAUAUAAGGACAAAGAAAAGAAUUUUGGAAGUCAAGGAAGAAUUAAAGGAGUCCAAAAAACCCAAAAAGGAUGAAAUAAAGGAAAACAAGGCAUUAAAGAAAGCUAAAAGGGCUGAAAUAGGAGAGUUAAAGUUUAAAAUAAGAGAAGAUAUCAAAGACAACCGGAAAACAAAGAAAGAGAAGUCUGUUGAGUGUCCACUGGAUUUUGAAUCACCUGUACCUAAUGAGUCCCUCCUUCCAGAGGAUGAUGGGGAAGACUUACUUUCUUACAACAGAGAAGAGAAUCAGACGAUAAGAAUGGUGAAAGAUAGGACAGAACAGCAUAUAGUGCAAGAGGGUAUUUUUGAGAAACAUUUGGAUGACCUUUUAAGUACUGAAGAGGAUGCUGGGGCCCGAGUUAGAAGGAAGAAGAAAAAGCCAAGGAAGUUUGAGGAAACAAAAGAAAUCAAGAAACUAGAGAACAUGGAUACCUUUUUAGAAAGGAAGAUGAUAAUACCUAAAAAACAAAGACAUCAAGACAAGAGCAGAAGUAACCUAGAGUUAAGUAAGUUACUAUCACCUGUGUCUGCCCAAGCCCCAAAGAGUUCCAGACUGAGUGCAGAAGAGAAGGGCCUAAGAUCCUCGGACUCGGCAGAGGAGGAGAAAGAAACCAAAAAAAUUGAGGCCAAAGAAAAAUACCAGAAAAGGUAUGAUUUGGACAAAGAAGAAAAAUGCCGAAAAGAGUCAAAGGGAUUAAAAUCAUUUAAAGAAAUCAGAAGUGCAUUUGAUUUAUUUAAAAAAACAGAAGACAAAAAUGAUGUACUUGAGAAUAAUUGGAAAAGAGAAGAAGUACCAUUGGAUUGUAAAACUACAGAUGAUCCCAAAAACAAGGACAAGUCUUCACUUAAAAGAGAUGAGACUGACACAUGGGCAUACAUUGCUGCAGAAGGGGAUCAGGAAGUUUCAGACAGUGUAUGCCAAACGGAUGAAAAUUGUGAUGGCAGGCAACAGAUUUUGAGUUUAGGCAUGGAUCUGCAGUUGGAGUGGAUGAAGUUAGAAGAUUUUCAAAAGCAUCUUGAUGGGGAAGAUGAGACCUUCGCUACAACAAAUACGAUUCCAAGUAAUUUGUUGAGGGAUGCUGUGAAAAAUGGAGAUUAUAUUGCUGUGAAGGUUGCACUGAACUCAAAUGAAGAAUACAACUUAGAUCAAGAGGAUUCUAGCGGGAUGACACUGGUGAUGCUGGCUGCAGCAGGGGGGCAGGAUGACCUCCUGAGACUCCUAAUCACUAAAGGUGCAAAAGUGAAUGGACGCCAGAAAAAUGGGACUACAGCCCUCAUUCAUGCCGCAGAGAAGAACUUUUUAACCACUGUGGCUAUUCUUUUGGAAGCUGGAGCUUUUGUAAAUGUGCAACAAAGCAAUGGUGAGACUGCACUCAUGAAAGCCUGUAAAAGAGGAAAUUCGGACAUUGUGCGCCUUGUGAUUGAAUGUGGAGCUGACUGCAACAUUUUGUCAAAGCACCAAAAUAGUGCAUUGUAUUUUGCAAAGCAGUGUAACAAUGUGCUUGUGUAUGAACUGCUGAAGAGCCAUUUGGAAACACUUUCAAGAGUUGCAGAAGAAACAAUCAGGGAUUACUUUGAAUCCCGCCUUACUCUAUUGGAGCCUGUUUUCCCAAUAGCAUGUCAUCGGCUCUGUGAGGGACCAGAUUUCUCAACAGAUUUCAAUUACAAGCCACCUCAGAAUAUACCAGAAGGCUCUGGUGUCCUGCUUUUUAUUUUCCAUGCAAACUUUCUGGGUAAAGAAGUUAUUGCUCGGCUCUGUGGACCAUGCAGUGUACAAGCUGUAGUUUUAAAUGAUAAAUUUCAACUUCCUGUUUUUCUGGACAGUCACUUUGUUUACUCAUUCAGCCCUAUUGCUGGCCCUAAUAAGUUGUUUAUACGGUUGACGGAAGCACCCUUUGCCAAGGUUAAGUUGCUAAUAGGAGCAUACAGAGUGCAGCUGCACUGACCAAAGGACUGAGACCAGCACCAUCUUUGUAGCAGUGUGAAAUUCUGGGGCACCUGAAAUGUUCAAACGUAGUUCCUGUAAACUUGCAAUCUAAGCCUGUUGCCUGCCUGGUAAGGUACAACAGGGGCUUUAUCGUACAUAGUCUACCUGUGUUUGUGCCAUUGUUCAAAAUGUUCAAUGUUCUGCAUAGUUUUAUUUCCACAAUGUGGAACAGUACAUAUGAGAACUAUUUAAUUAAACUUUUGAACUUCUCUACUGA